AUGCUCCAGCCAUUCCGGGGGGAGGGGCCCGGGCGGCCAAAAGGGGAGGGGGGGAACCAGGAGUGGCCCGAGACCCCCCCCGGGGUCCCCAAAUCCCAGCGGGACCCCCCCAAAACCUACCCGGCCACCCACCCACCCAUGGCCCCCCCUCCCCGUCCCCUCCCCGUCCCCCGGUCACCGCGGGGGGGGGGACCCCAAAGGCUGCUGACCAUCGUGACCACCGUGCUGACCACCGCCCUCACCGUGCUGACCACCGUGCUGACCACCACCAUCACCGUGCUGACCACCGUGCUGACCACUGCCCUCACCGUGCUGACCACCGCGACCACCCUGCUGACCACUGGCAUUCCCCUAAUCACCCUGCUGCUGACCACUGCGAGCACCCUGCUGACCACUGCGACCACCCCGCUGACCACCGGAAUCCCCCGACCGACCACCGGCAUCACCGUGCUGACCACCGUGACCACCGUGGCCAUCAUCCCCCUGCUGACCACCGUGACCACCCUGCUGACCACUGCCCUCACCCUGCUGACCACUGGAAUCCCCCAGCAGACCACUGGUAUCCCCCUGCUGCUGACCACCGGCAUUUCCCGACUGACCACCGGCCUUCCCCGGCUGCCCGCCACGACCACCAUCCCCCUGCUGACCCUCACCCUGCUGACCACCGCCGCCACCCCCGUGUCCGCCUGUCCCGCCGUUUGCCGCUGCUCCGGCGGCCGCGUUUACUGCAACGACCGCGGGCUGACGGCCGUGCCCGAGGGGCUCCCUCCCGGCGCCACCACGCUGUUCCUGCAGAACAACCGCAUCGGCGACGCGGGCAUCCCGGCCCGCCUGGGCCGGCUGCCGGCGCUGCGGGUGCUGUACCUGUACGCCAACGCCCUGGAGCAGCUGCCGGCUCACCUGCCGCCGGCUCUGCGGGAGCUGCACCUGCAGGAGAACAACGUGCGCGGCCUCUGCCGCCGGGCGCUGGCCCGGGCGCCGCUGCUCGAGCGGCUGCACCUGGACGACAACUCGGUGUCGGCCGCCGGCAUCGAGGAGGACGCGUUCGCCGAGAACCGCCGGCUGCGCCUCCUCUUCCUCUCUCGGAACCACCUGAGCAGCGUCCCCGCGGGGCUGCCGCCGGCGCUGGAGGAGCUGCGGCUGGAUGACAACCGCAUCCACACCAUCCCGCUGCGGGCUUUCGAGGGGCUGCCGGCGCUGCGGCGCCUGGUGCUGGACGGGAACCUGCUGGCGAACCAGCGCAUGGCCGACGACACCUUCAGCCGCCUGGGGAACCUCAGCGAGCUCUCGCUGGGGCGCAACGCGCUGGCGGCGCCCCCGGCCAACCUGCCCCGGGCCCGGCUCCGCCGCCUCUCGCUGGCCGCCAACGCCAUCAGCCACGUCCCGGCCGGAGCUCUGGCCAGGAUGAGGGCGCUGGAGCGCCUGGAUCUGUCGGACAACAACCUGACCACGCUGCCCAGGGGGCUCUUCGACGACCUGGGCAGCCUGAGCCACCUGGGGCUGCGCAACAACCCCUGGUUCUGCGGCUGCAACCUGGCCUGGCUGCGGGACUGGCUGCGGCGCCGCGCCCCGCCGCGCCUGGAGGUGCGGGGGCUGCUGUGCCAGGCACCGGCCCGGCUGCGGGGGCUGCCGGUGGGAGAGCUCCGGGGGGAGAUGGACGCUUGCGAGAGCCCGGGAGGGGCGGGGGGAACGGGCGCGGGGACGUCGCCCGGCGUUUCCUCCGCCGGCGUUUCCUCCCCCGCCGCGCCGGGAGGAGCGGCCGCCGCCUCGCCGGGGCUCUGGGUGCAGGCGGCUCCCGGCGGGGCCCUGCGGGUCCGGUGGCCACCGGCGCCUCCCGGGGCGUCGCUGAGGCUCAGCUGGCUGCGGCCCGGGGGGGGAGCCGUGACCGAGACCUUGGUGCGGGGCGAGCGCGGUGAGUACGUGGUGCGGGCGCUGCAGCCCCGGGCCCCGUACCGGGUGUGCCUCGCCGCUCUGGAGCCCCCCGCCGCUCCCCCGCUCUGCGCACAAGCCCGGGCCGGUGCCGGCGACCCCUCCCAAACCGGAGCGGCCCCCCCGAGCCACGAGGGGGACGCGACCCCCGCGCUGCUGCCCCCGGCCGCGGCUCUGGGGGCGGCGGCG